GAUAGGUUCGCAGUGUAUUUGCUCACUCCGGUGCUCGCGUUUGCACCGUGGCUGCUGUGACCGUCUGCAAACAAACCGUGUGUCGACCGCUGCAACACAGCUCUCUGGGAAAGCGAGUCCAUACGCUAAAUAAUUCAAUACUGUUCUUUCCUCUGUGAACAAGAUGCCGGCCGUCCACAAACUACUUCUGGAAGAUGCCCUGCAGGACAGUCCGCAGACCCGUUCCUUGCUCAGUGUGUUUGAAGAGGAUGCUGGGACACUCACAGACUACACCAAUCAGCUGCUUCAGUCUAUGCAGAGAGUGUAUGGAGCUCAGAAUGAGAUGGCGCUGGCCACAGAACAGCUGUCCAAGCAGCUUUUGGAGUAUGAGAAGCAGAACUUCACCCUUGGGAAGGGCGAUGAGGAGGUCAUCAGUACGCUGCAGCACUUUGCAAAAGCGGUGGAGGAGCUGAACUCCCUGCACGCCGAGCUGGCCACACAGAUGGCCGACAGGAUGGUGUUUCCCAUGGUGCAGUUCAGAGAGAAGGACCUCACAGAAAUAAGCACCUUGAAAGAAAUAUUCGGCAUCUCCAGCGAUGAGCAUGAGGCUUCCAUGGUGAAGUACAGCCGAUUGCCUAAGAAGAGAGAGAAUGAGAAGCUGAAGGCGGAAAUUGUGACGGAGGUGGCUUACACCAGGAGGAAGCAGCACCAGGCCUCCAUGCAGUAUUACUGUGCCCUCAACGCCCUGCAGUACCGCAAGAGAGUGGCCAUGCUGGAGCCUCUGCUGGGAUACACACAGGCACAGAUGAACUUCUUCAAGAAAGGCAUGGAUUUGGUUUCAAAGAAAAUGGACAGCUUUCUCACCUCAGUCUCCAGCAUGACGCAAAGCAUCCAGGCCCAGCUGGACUCUGAGGCCGAGACCAUGCGUCUGUCCCAGAAGGAGCUGCUGUCUGUGGACGACACAGUUUACAUGCCCGACCGCGACCGCGAACCUGUCAACCGCACCCUCAUACAGAAGGCUGGCUACCUCAACAUCAGGAAUAAAACAGGCCUGGUGACCACAGCCUGGGACCGGCUUUAUUUCUUCACCCAGGGAGGGAACCUGAUGUGCCAGCCGCGCGGGGCUGUGGCUGGGGGCAUGGUCCUGGACCUGGACAACAGCUCCGUCAUGGCGGUGGAGUGUGAGGACCGGCGAUACUGCUUUCAGAUCACCUCCCCUUCUGGUAAAACGUCUAUAAUUCUUCAAGCGGAAAGCAAAAAAGAGUAUGAGGAGUGGAUCUGCACUCUGAACAACAUCUCCCGACAGAUCUACCUGACUGACAACCCUGAGGCGGUGGCCAUCAGGCUGAAUCAGACCGCUAUCCAGGCCGUCACACCCAUCACCAGCUUUGAGAAGAGACUGGAGGGCUCCCCCCACCCCGACAGGGCGAAGCCUGGUGCCACACAGCCCUCCACAGAGACCCCAAAGGCCUCCAGGAACCCAGAGCCAGAGGACCUGAUCGCCCCCGGCACCCCCAUCCAGUUUGACAUCAUGCUCCCCGCCUCAGAGUUUCUGGACCAGAACAGGGCAGGAGGAAGGCGCACCAACCCCUUUGGGGAGACAGAUGAGGACAGCUCUCCUGACACUGAUGACCCGCUCCUGCAGCAGGUGUUUGCCGUGCGCUUCCUGGGCUCCAUGGCGGUGCGCUCGGGACACACGCAGGAGGUGAUCUACGAGGCCAUGCGGCAGGUGCUGGCCGCCCGCGCCAUCCACAACAUCUUCCGCACCACCGAGGCCCACCUCAUGGUCACCAGCAGCUGCCUGAGGCUGAUUGACCCUCAGACGCAGGUCACCAGAAUAAGUUUCCAGCUGCAGGACGUGACUCAGUUUGCGGCCCACCAGGAGAACGGGAGGCUGAUGGGCUUAGUGGUGGAGGGGCGCGACUGGGGCGAGGGGGCAGAGGAGGGCGAGCCCACCUUCAGCGCCUUCGUCUUCGAGAGCAACACAGAGGGGGAGAAGAUAUGUUACACUAUAAGUUUGGGAAAGGAGAUCAUAGAAGCAAAAAAGGACCCAGAGGCUCUGGCACAGCUGAUGAAGUCCAUGCCUCUGACCAACGAUGGCAAGUUCCUGCUGCUGGACAGCGAGACGGGCGGGGCGGAGAACGGAGCGGGACAGGAGGAGGUGGAGUCUGAGGCCUAGCUGAGCCGGGCCGCACCGAGCCUAACCGAGCCAGAGGCACGGGAAGGUGCACUCACACACGUCCCCCUCACAGGGCUUUCAGUAUUUUCAUGCAACUCUCUCCAACUCCUGCGCAGCCUAUUGUGUCUCUUAAGUGUAUGUUUUGCAAAUGAUUAUCAGGCUAAGCUCCCAUAGAAAGGAAGGGUGUGUAGAGGAGCUAGAAAGGCCCUGCAGAGUUCAGGUGAGCCGUUCUCUCAUUUACACCUCUCACAUGAAGUCCGUGGUCCAAUGAAGUAAAACUUUCCAAAUAGAUGUUCAGGACAUACAGCGAAGACUCAGGAGAAGCGAGACCAUAUUUUCAAUGAAGCAUUUCACUCACAUAUGCAAUUAUAUAUGACUGCAUUUUCCAGGUCCUUCAAUGUUUAUUUAGUUCACAUGGGUGCAGAAGACUGAAGGGGGAGUAUGAGCAUCUCCAGAAUGCUCAAAUCCACCUAGAUUUACUGCAACCUUCUGAUGAAGAGAAUGUCAUUUUUUCAGCCUGCUCAGUUUACCUCAGUUCCAGACUUCAGAUUCCUCUCAAAUAUUGCCAGUGAUUGUCAUAUUCCAGGUUAUGACAGGGGCAUUUUUAAUUUUCAGAUGCCUAAGAUCAUCCUAACAGUUGGUAGACGUGUUUGAGUCAGCAUUGCUUAUGUUACUGAUUUGUCUUCUGAAAAAUGAUGAAAAGCAGCUGGAGAUGAAAGAGGAUGGAGUAGAAGCGUGGUCCCUCUUUCAGCGCGGGAGUCAGCGUCUGAGACUGAGAGUGGCGAAGCAGUCGCAGCAAUUCACACCGUCCUGUAACGGUAAAAUAUGACGCAUCCCAUCUAAAUGGGUUUUUAAUAACCAGGCCGCAAAUGAAUGCUUACGCAGCGCGGCAUUCCGGGCUGAAAAAACACAUGGUGUGCCUGUGCGGGAGAGACUGCUGACUCCGUAAUUCGGUGCAUGACCUCGUGUAAUGAGAUUUGAGACUGAAAAAGCCAUAACAUUAAGCCUGCGCCGAGAGCGGCCGCUGCCAGAGCGGGGCACUGGAGUGCGGAGGGAGAGCGCCCCGCAACCUUCUGUCCGGCCAGCUGCACAACCAAGAUAAUCCACAAAAUGAAGAUAAUCAGACGCCCUCCUCUUGCAUUAAGAUGAUCUCUGCUUCACGUGUGCACGAGACAACAGGCUUUGCUUACAGUGCAUGCAUGUGUUUGUGUGGGAUAUAUUGUCGGUUCAAAACAGGCAGGGGGUUCAUAUACUGUUUUAACACGCAUGGUCCAUUAGUACUAUAUUCAGUUUGAGAGGCAGGAGAUUUUAAAAACUCUGCCUGGAUUAGUUAGUGGUUUGCUGUACCCAGAGCAGUUACAACUGAAAUGAAUGUUGUUCUUGCCCUAAUGUGCACAGAAAGGAUCAGGGCAGUGACAUGAACAUCAAGCCGUUUCAGGUCUGGAAUGGCCCCUAGUGUAGUAGACUAUCAGCAAUGGUACUAAAGAGCCUGGUCAGCUCUAGUCAUUGGAGUAGAUCAUGGAUUUAAGUGGCUUUUCUUUGCACUCUGAAUUAGAAGGUGAACCCAUUAGAAUGAACCCAGAACUGUGGGUAGCUGUUGUGAGGGACCAUUUAUUUCAGAAGAAGCUGGAGCAGCCUUGAAGGAUUUUUUUUGUCUACCUGUUGUUUUUUCGUUUUGUUUCCUCAAGGGCUGUUGUCACAGAAUACUUUUUAUGUGUAACGCAGUUGCUAAUCAGCCACUGAAGGAGCGGUAGGGGUAACGUCUGCAUUGUUUACAUGUCAAACUGUGAAAGGCGCCUUUGCUGACAGUGAGGAUGCAGCCUCGAUUAAUGCCAGUGUCGUCUGUCCUGUUUCACCCUGCCAGGAUCCGUUUGCUUUUAUUCGCCAUGUACUUUACAGCCGCUGCUGGAAGUCAUGCCGUUUUCCUUUCUUAGCAUGAGGUGAAAACUUCAUAAAAGCAAGUUCUGCCUUUGCUCAGCUCCAUAUUACCCGGGACUGCGGCUACGCUCACACACGCAACACUGCAGAGCCCCGCCCGGACCCACUUCACCUGGUCACGCAUGGAGAUAGCCACCAGCAGAGUGCAACAGCAAACUGCAGGAUGUGUAUCUUGGACUCCCACAGAAGAGAAGUGCGAGGUAAUAGCCUGGUGAUUGUACAGUUUCCCUGAAAACCAGCACUGCUUUCAUCUGUGAUUACAGGGCAGAGCACCUCUCCUGAUUCAGCCAGUGACCAGCACAGAGCUCACUUGUCUCUUCACUCAGUCUGAAGUUAGGAGAGAUGACUGCAAAUGUUUACAGUAAUUUGAGGGAGCGUUUUUUGAGAUCUCGUGAGUCAUCAUGAGUUGACUGUGAAGUGGAGCGGGUCUCGCUGUUCUUUGCAAUGGAGCGUGUUUUCACACUUUGAUUAAAAUGUGUCAGUCAGCGUGUCAGCAACAGGAGCAAGUGCUGUAGGUGGAUUCAGCAGUUGGGCCGGCUGGAGUGUGUGUGAACGUAGCCUUCAUCGUAUGGACAGACCUUGUGUUCACUUCUGUAAGGCUUUGCAUAGUUUGUAUUUUCUACAUCCAUUUAACUCAUGACCUUUAAUAAAAGU